AUGGCCUCGGCACUGAAACUCUCUCCGUCGCUCAAGGCGCUGAUCAAGCUGCCGACUGCGCGUGGCGCGCCGACGCCGUCGCCCGGCCGAUCGGUACUGAAGGGCGUCUUCGACCGCGUCAAGGCGCGCGGCGAGGCCGGGGGAAUCGGCCGCGACACAUGGUUAUCCAUGAACACAUCCGCUUUAUUCGCCAUCAACUCUCCCGACGCCCUGUGCGCAUUAUACGACUACUCGGUCGGUUCAGAGGUCAAUGACCGCGUUCAGGCCGCGGCAGUUAUGCGCGAGUCGGGACUGAAGAGUAUUUCGUUCACGGGCAUUCCCAAGGUCAUCAAUAACCUGAAUGCCCUCCGCGAUUAUCUGGGAGAGGACGUCAAGGCUGGGCUUAGUACGCUGCCACUGCGCCAACCACGGGAUAUCGCCGCUCUGUAUGAGCGCGGCAUGGGGUUGUGGGAUGGGAUCUACGAGCCGCACUCGAAGAAGCUGGUGGAUAAGUUGGGCGAUUCACACCCCGACCUUCCGGUACAUAUCCUCAACUCGCAUUAUGGCCCUUUGCUUUCGGAUCCCGAGGGGCCGGUUCCGGACGGCGCAUUCCUCCUCGGUCGAGUGCUUACGUCGGUCAUUGCGAUUGCGGGGUUGCGCGCGCAGACGGGCGUCGGACCACAGGUUACAAGCCACGUGUUUGGCCUCAAGAAGGCCUUGUUGGAGGGCGGAGGCGGAGACGGAAAGGUCCUCCAGGGCCAGGAGUGGCUGACGUCCGACGAGGGCGUGACUUGGGUCAUUGAGAGUGUGGAUGAGAUUGGCGCCGUCAUGCGCGGCGACAAGUAG